AUGGCACUCUCUCGUUGCGCGCUGAUCCUGGCUGCUUUGCUAGUGGGUCUGUUGACGUAUUUGCCUGCCCAAGCGCAGAUCUUGGGUGGCGGCCACUGUCGUCAAACCGUCAUUCGGGUCCAAGUGGGCGGUACUGUGUGUGAGCGCCUCUGUUACCGACGCGAUUACCGCGGCCCACCACUCCUCUGUCGUCGCGUCUCCAGUUCCGGUGUUGUUCCAGUCUGCGGGAAUGGUUGUUGCCGCAGCGGCCCCAACUGUCUGCAGCUGCUUUACACCUAA